UUACACUAUAUACUUUAUGGAUAAUGAAGAUUUUGUUGUAAACGAAUCUAUAACGAUUGCAUGUACUGAAACCGGCAUAUGGAUACUUAAACUCCUUCACAGAUAUACACAAAACUGUAGAAGCCCGUAAACAAAUAAUGAUCGUAUAUUUCCAUCGAAUCAUAUGAGCUGGAGUUCAGUGUAUGCCGAUCAACUAACUUGGAGCUCAAUGGAUAUAAUGUCUAGAUACGAUUCAAUCAGCUGAAAAUAUAGCGCUCCAAGAAAAGUUAUAAAAGUAUUUAGUCUUUAUUUCUGGCAUGUACUUACACAUAAUUUAUAAACGCAACUCUACUACAGCACCAUAAUGCUGGUCGCAACACCAGGACAAACAGCGACGUAUUCUCUUCUCGGCAGUAGUGCGCCCAAGAAGACAUGUCUUCUUAACUCAUCUACAACACCAAAGAGCACCAUAAACUCAAACUCAAUUGCGUCAACUAACAACAGCAACAAUUGCAGUAGCACAGCCGCCACGCUAAUGAAAACAAUACAAGUACGACUCAAUCGUGGCACUGAAUUUUUAAAAGAUACCGUGCAAAAAGCACUUAUCAGUAAUACCACCAAUUCUAGUAAUACAUCCACCAGUACAUCAAGCAUAAGCUUUCGUGGCAACACCAAAACUAACAAUAUAAGCUCCACAAUCGUUGGUCCUUUAAAACAUAUUCAUGCAUCAUCAGCUCUCGCUACAACUGUUUCAUCAAAAACUAAUUUAGUUGGUAAGUCGACAUAUAAUACAACUUUGGCUGCAGCUGCCUCAACAUCUAGCGUUGCAAUUGUGAGGACGUCAAUUGCAACCAAUACUUCCAAAUCAGUAAAGUUGAACACCGUUCCGCCCACCAAAAUACAUCGUUACCCACAAGAUCGUCAGGAGACAAGCAGCACGGACAGUAUCAAUAAAGAGAUGUGCCAUUUCAAACCAAUUUUGCCAGCCCCAACGAUGCGUUGGAAGAGUGGCAGUAAGUCGCGAGGCGGUGCAACUAUAAAAAUUCCCGUAGCAUGUUUAGCAACGAAUCUUAAAAAAUUGAACUGUGAUGAUUGUUUGAAGUUGGUUGAAGAUAGCAGCGAAGGAGAGCAAGAUGUCGAUGAAGAUGAAGCAAUGGAGGUGGACGACACAAAAUAUCCGCACAAAAAUCACCUUUACAAGCCAAAUCCAAGUUCUACCUUAUUGAGUACGAUCAUAACUUCACCAUCGCAUCAAUCUGCAUUCGUCCGUCUGGUCGCACAAAUGAAGACUUUGGUUAAUAUACAACAAACACCGUGUGAAAAACCACACAACACAACUCCUAAAAAGAAGGACCAUAAUAAGACACGUCACACAGCACGUCGUGGUCGUCCCUCAAAUGCGGCGUUAGCUUUGAAAAUGCAACAAUUACGCAAAUCACCAAUGAGUUUGCCAUUGACGCAACUUUUAUUGCGCAGUCGCAAACCGUCAUUUGUACAAGUCAACAAACUCAAUUUACCCACUGAUCUGAUUAUCAAGAAAGGUCGAACCGCCAGCACAAAAGCUAAUGCCGUAACUACGAGCAAGUCAAUCAAUGCGGCUAAAGACAAAAAACGAACAGACGCUCUUGCUUUAAAAGUUGAUAACAAGCGGAGCAAACGUAACACCACCAAAUCAAAUGUAAUCAACAUUGUAGCGUUUGCGCAAGACAAAAACUCUACGCAAAAUGCCCAAAGGAACCUUCAGAUGAGCAAAAGUAAAGUUGUUACUAGUGUUAAUGAAACCCCUGCGGCAGAAUCAAAACACCAGCAACGUAAACGUAAACAUGUUAAUGAAGUAAGUUUGGCAAAUGAAGUUGUCGGUGCAGAAGUAAAUGAAAUGCGAAAAACUAGCUCGACCGAAACGAGUGUUAUGCCACCAUUACGCAAAAGUGCAAGACUUUCAAAAGAUGGAAACAACGAGUUUGUGACAAUUGGCAGUGUGAAACGUAUUACGCUUCGGAAACGUAAUACACGUUAUACACAGCAACGUGCAGCCGAUACCUUUUCGCCACCAAUGACACGUUCACGUCUGAAAGAACUGAUGCAAAAACAAUGUAGUCCUUAUGUGAUGGAAGGCACCACACAGCUUAUUGUCUAAGUCAUGUUAAGUGGCAACAACAAUACAAAUCAACAACAAGAGUAUAUGAAUAUUUUUUGUGGCUACUGUGUUAACGAGCUGAAGAUGUGUAAAACCUAAACAACGGAUUAAUAAAUCAAAAUCGCAAGGGUAUGCCAGUAAUUAAGAGCUAUUGCUUUUGCAUGCAUCUAAAUUGUAAUGUAUUCAAAUGAUUGAUUUCUUUUAUCUCUUUUUAAAACGUGACAAAAUGUGUUUUUGCUAAACUUGUAUAUGUAUAUGACAGUUAGCGCACUAAACCUUACUGGCCCAAUGUGAUAGUGAAUAUACACUAUAAUAAACUACCAUUUGUAGUAAGAAUUUA